UUUUUUUCUUGGAUUAAGCUUAGUUGAUUUAAAAUUUGUUAAAAAGGGUAAUACACAUCACAUUUAGGUUUUGGUUGAAAUUCUUAUCUUAUUGAAUUCAUUACGCCUGAUGUUUAAACUUCAUAUUUGGCUCAUAAAUAUUUGACUAAGAAUAUUGAAAUUGAGGAACAAUUUUAACUCUUUAUCGAGUUGUAAUGGAGAUUGUAUAAUGAACUGUGAUUUAAUUUUAUUAGUUUUAGAUGCUUCUUGUUUUCUUAAAAAAAUUAGAUACUUGUUUGCAGGCACGAUUUUUAAAAAAAAAAACACUAAAAUCUGUGUUGAUUGUUAAAUGAAUAUAUGAAAUACAAGAUGAAAUUGAUAAUUAUGUUUUUUUUUUUAAAUUAAAUGAUGGCCCCGGCCACCUAUAAGAAGCCAACCUGCCUCCAGAUAUUGUUGGGAAAGCUAACUGGCAAUUCUUAGUACUUACCACAUCAGUGAAAAAAAUAAUACUAGUAAUAGUAGUAAAAAAGAAAUUUAGUGCAAAGAAAGAGAAGUCGGAAAUGGCGAUCGGAACCAAAGUGAGCGUGGGUGUCAUGGUCGCCGCCUCCUCCCUCGCCAAUUGCAGAACCACUUUAUCCUUGGUUCAGUUCCACCUUCCACUACUCCGACCCCGCCUGCCGUCGGCUGGGCCCUUACACAACCUCCCUCUAGCUCACGUUUCCAAUCUUAUCAAGUCUGGUUAUUGCAUUCAAACUUCUCAGGAGAAAAAUAACUAUACUCGUUCGUGUAAGCAACGCGCUUUUUUCGGAGACGGCGGCUUGGAGCUGCACGAUGCCGGAGCCACGGCUUUGGUUGUCGCCGGAGCUUACACUCUCGUCUCGACUUUUGAUAAACUCACCUCCGCAAAUCUCAUCCAACAGAAUUUGAGCCGAAAACUGGUCCACAUACUGUCUGGAUUGCUCUUCAUGGCUUCCUGGCCAAUGUUCAGCACAUCCACAGGAGCUCGUUACUUUGCUUCGCUGGUGCCCCUCAUAAACUGCUUAAGGCUUAUUGUCUAUGGCCUUUCAUUGGCUAAAGAUGAGGGACUCGUAAACUCUGUCACUCGAGAGGGGAAGCCUGAGGAAUUGCUUCGAGGUCCCCUUUAUUAUGUUAUGAUACUAAUUUUAAGUGCAAUAUUUUUCUGGCGUGACUCUCCCGUUGGAGUGGUUUCAGUGUCAAUGAUGUGUGGUGGGGAUGGCAUUGCCGAUAUCAUGGGAAGGAGAUUUGGAUCCUUAAAACUACCUUACAAUCAACAGAAGAGUUGGGCUGGUAGCCUCUCCAUGUUUGUAUUUGGUUUCUUGAUUUCUAUUGGGAUGCUGUACUACUUUUCAGCCCUUGGAUGCUUUCAGUUGGAUUGGAGCUGCACGGUACAAAGAGUUGCCUUGGUAUCCUUGGUAGCAACACUGGUGGAGUCCCUCCCAACUACAGGAAUAGUAGAUGAUAAUAUCUCUGUUCCUAUAGCAAGCAUGGUAACUGCGUUUUUGAGUUUUGGUUACUAGCUGGUCAGAGAGAAUACUGUGUUACAUGCGUGUCAUAAUUUUUCUGUUGGCACUUCAAAUACUUCCCUUUUCAAUAUUUCCUGUUUCGUUUUUUUACUUUCUGGUGCAUAUUUUUCUUAUGUUUUAACCUCGAAAUUUCCUUAGCUCAUUGUAUUUGGGAACAAUAAAGAAGAAAAGGAGUAAUGGUUGGUA